AUGGGCCUUAAAGGUCUUCAUCUUCUGCCUCUUCUUCUGCUUUGCCACGGAAUUCAGCUUGUCCAAGGAAGUUGUGGCAGCGGUGAGUUUCAAUGCACCAAUGGGCAAUGCAUUGACACAGACUGGAGGUGUGAUGGAACCAAGGACUGCACGGACGACUCUGAUGAACUCAACUGUCCGCCUCCAUCAUGCACCGCGCAGGAAUUUAAAUGUGUGACAAGCGGUGAAUGCAUCUCACAGGGGUUUGUCUGCGAUGGGGAGGAGGACUGCGUCGACGGCUCAGAUGAACAAAGAACCUGUGGUGACCGGACCUGCAGCCCAGGACAGUUCACCUGUCGGGAGGGCCAGUGCAUUCCCGGAAAAUACAAGUGUGACCGCGUGAAGGACUGCGUGGACAACUCUGAUGAGAGCAACUGCAACUAUCCACAGUGCUCUGAGAAGACUUGUGCCAACGGGGCCUGUUACAACAACUCUCAGCACUGCAACGGCUUACAGGACUGCAGAGACGGUUCGGAUGAAUUCAACUGCACAAACCAGCACUGUCCGUUCCACAAGUUUCAGUGUGCCAAUGGCUACUGUAUUCCACUUGCCUUUGUGUGUGACCACUGGGAUGACUGUGGGGAUAACAGCGAUGAGAAAGACUGUGCGUACGAGAGCUGUAGUGGCAACGAGUUCACAUGUUCCAGCGGCCGUUGUAUUCCUCAGUCGUGGGUGUGUGACCAUUUCAAUGAUUGUGGAGACUUCAGUGAUGAGAAAGGAUGUGAUAGUAACUCUCGAGACUGUUACCCUGGGGAGUGGGGAUGCCCUGACUCGAUGGCAUGUAUACCUGUCGGCAAAGUGUGUGAUGGCACACCUGACUGUCCUGGAGGUACAGAUGAAACCAACUCCACGACAGCGCAAACCUGCAGCUUGGACCGGUGCUCCACUUUGAGCUGUGAGUAUCUCUGCCACCCGUCUCCUCAGGGCGGUACUUGCUACUGCCCCGAUGGCUUUACUGUGGCCAAUGACAGCCGCUCCUGUGUGGACUAUGAUGACUGUCAGAUCUGGGGGAUCUGUGACCAGCUGUGUGAGGAUCGUCCUGGGACACACCACUGUAGCUGUGCUGACGGAUACUUUCUGCAGCAGGGUCAUGUCUGCAAAGCCAAUGUGACAGCUGGGCUGCCACAGCUCAUUUUCACCAACGGGGGCGAUGUGAUGAUAGCCGACAUACAUGGACGCAUCGUCAGAACUCUGGUGCCAUCCCAGGGCAGAGGUUACGCUGUAGGAGUCGCCUACCACAUGCACUCAAAAGUCUUCUGGAGUGAUACAUCAACCCAAAAGGUUUAUUCUUCCAACUUCAACGGAGGCGAAAUUAAAGAGAUUAUGACCGCUGCAGUCCACAGUGUCCAGAACCUUGCUGUGGACUGGAUCAACUUCAAACUCUAUGUCUUGGAGGCCAGGGUGGAGCGCAUCGAAGCGUGCGACUUUGACGGGGGGAAUCGGGUGUCACUGGUGGCUGAGAACCUGCAGACCCCUCAUGGCCUCGCCCUGGACCCUACAGUGGGCUACAUGUUCUUCACAGACAUGGGCGUUUCUAAUGAAAAGACAAAGCUGGAGCGUGCCUUCAUGGAUGGCAGUAAUCGUAUAGAGUUGGUCAAAAGCAGGCUCGGUACACCAACCGGAAUUACCCUCGAUAUUGUCACACGGAGGGUCUACUGGUCUGACAGCCACUAUGACACAGUGGAGACCGUCACAUACAGCGGUUUGGACAGGAAAAUAGUCCUGAAUAAUGCGCUUCAGGUGCCACAUCCUUUUGGAAUUGCUGUAUUUGAAAACCACGUAUUCUUCACUGACUGGACCAAGAUGGGUGUGAUCAGAGCCAAUCGGUUCAACGGCAGCGACCCAACGCUCCUCUAUCGUACUGCAAAGCAACCGGGCCAUGUUGUGGUGUCGCACUCUGUCCUGCAACCUUUUGUGAUGAACCCUUGUGGCCGACACAAUGGUGGCUGUCAGCACAUUUGCUUAUUAAGUCAUCGCACAGACAAUGAUGGUUUGGGCUUCCGCUGCAAGUGUCGCUAUGGUUACGACCUCCACUCAGACCUGCGGACCUGCUUUAAGCUGAAGGAUUAUUUGUUGGUGGGCACUUCUCUGGCGGUGAGGGGAAUCCCACUGAACCUGUCCCUCCAGGAGGACGUCACCCUGCCGCUUACAGGCCUUGGCACUUCUUUUGCUGGCUCUGCAAUGGAGUUUGACGGCAACGAGGGGUCAGUUUUCUACAAUGACAGGUCCCGGGGCUUCAUCUAUAAGUCCAACCUUAAUGGCACCGUUCAACAGAUUUUAACAGGUUACAGAGUGGGAAUAGUUGAUGCCAUGGCUUACGACUGGACCUCCAACGUUUUGUUUUGGACCACAACUACAUACAAGGCGGUGGUGGCCUUCAGAGUCACAGACAAGUCCAGACGAGACAUUGUGACUGCAUUGAGGAACCCGAAGGGAAUCGCAGUGCAUCCUAGUGCUGGCUUCUUGUUCUGGUCUGACUGGUAUCGUCCAGCGGUCAUAAUGAGAAGCUUCACUGACGGCAGCAAUGCUAUUCCUCUGAUCAACACAACACUGGCAAGACCGUACGGACUCGCUGUGGACUAUGCGAACGACAGGCUGUACUGGGUGGAUUCCUUCCUGGACCAGAUUGGUCACACUGACCUGGAAGGAAAUGACAGACAGACGUUUUCCAAUCUCGGCCAGAUAACUGAGCCACUCUCUUUGACAGUUUAUGCAGACUACCUGUAUGUGAGUGAUGCAAGGACCAGAGGAAUAUUCGAGAUGAGGAAGAGAGAUGGCGGAAGAAACACUAUGAUCAGACAAGGAAUCACCGGCAUCAUGAAUGUCAAGGCCUACACAGCUGACCUCCACAGCACCUACACCAGCCGUUGUAGCAUGGUGCCCAAUGGACACUGCAGCCACUUCUGCUUCCCCACUCCCUCCUUCAGUCGAGUGUGCGGCUGUCCGUACGGUAUGAAACUUCAGAGCAACCAGAGGGACUGCAUCAAAGACGAUUCUGUGCCCCCACCUGACAACUGCGAUGACUUAUCGUUUGAGUGUGAUGAAGGGCGCUGUAGGCCCAACUCCUACCGCUGUGAUGGGAUUGUCGAUUGUGUAGAUGAGACUGAUGAGGCCAACUGCACCGAUACAGGAAUGACCUGCUCUCCUCGAGCCUUCACCUGCAACAACAAGCGCUGCAUCUAUUCCAGUUGGCGCUGCGACGGCAUGGACGACUGUGGAGAUGGUUCUGAUGAGGUCAACUGUCCCACUCGUCUCCCGACCACCUGUGCAGCUAAUUACUUUACCUGUGAUAACAAGAAUUGUAUCUCUAAACAAUGGUUGUGUGAUGGGGACAAUGACUGUGGCGAUGGCUCUGAUGAACACAACUGCAAUUCCACCAUCACUACAUGCCCUCCUAGCUACUUCUUGUGUCCUGACCACCGCUGUAUCCACAACUCCUUUGUGUGUGAUGGAGACCAGGACUGUUUGGAUGGGUCCGAUGAGAAAGGCUGUGAGUUCUCCUGUUCCUCCUAUGAGUUUGCCUGUGCCAGCAAGGACCAGUGUAUUAGUUCAGUUUAUCGGUGCGAUGGAGUCUUUGACUGCAGGGACCAUUCUGACGAACAAGGCUGUCCCACUCGAGGUCCAGGCCUCUGCCACAACGACGAGUUCCAGUGCCAGACGGACGGUUUCUGCAUACCGGACGAAUGGGAGUGUGACGGCCAUCCAGACUGUGAGGAUGGAUCCGAUGAACACAACUCCUGCCUGCCUUUCACCUGCGGAACCACCUAUUUCCAGUGUGCCAACAAGAUUUGCAUACCGAUGAGCUGGUUAUGUGACGGCGACAAUGACUGUCGGGACAUGAGCGAUGAGAAGAACUGCCCCACCCCUCCAUAUAGCUGCCCUUCGGGACAGUGGGAGUGCCCUACUGAUGAGUUGUGCAUCGACCUGGACAAGGUGUGCGACGGCAAGGGGGACUGUCCCAAUGGAGCAGAUGAAUCACCACUCUGCAACCUAGAUGACUGCGCACUGAACAACGGGGGCUGCAGUGACGGAUGUAUCCAAGGACCAUUUGGGGCUGAGUGCACAUGUCCUUCAGGGUUUCAGCUCCUCAAUGACUCCAAGACCUGUGAAGACAUCAAUGAGUGUCUGAUCCCUGGUUUCUGCAGUCAACAGUGCUACAAUGAAAGAGGAACCUUCCGGUGCCACUGUUCACAUGGCUACCUCCUGGAGCCCGAUGGACGCACCUGCAAAGCUACGAAUCCCAUUGCAGCUGUACUUUUGGUUGCCAAGCGUAGCCAGAUCAUUGCCAACCGGAUUAAAAUGAGACCACCCCAGAUGGUCCCAGUGAUCACCGGUUCAGCCAUUGUGGCCGUUGACUUUGACAGCGUGACUUCAAGAAUGUACUGGGCUGAUGUCUCACAGAAGAAAAUAUGGAGUUCCUUCCAGAAUGGCACAGACAGAAAGGAAGUGUUCUCCACUGGUCUGCAAGUUCCUGAAAGCAUUGCUGUGGAUUGGGUGGGUCGGAACCUGUACUGGGUCGACUCUGAUAUGGAGAACAUUGAGGUUUCCACCCUCGAUGGUCAGUUUCGGAAGGUCCUUUUAACCAAAAACAUUACCAGUCCCCGUGGACUGGUUUUAGACCCUCGAAACUAUACUAACCUGAUGUUCUGGUCCGACUGGGGUCAGAACCCCAGGAUUGAGCGGGCCGACAUGGACGGAAACAUGAGACGAGUCAUUGUCAGCACUAAACUCUACUGGCCCAAUGGUCUGGCUCUGGACUAUACCACACGCAGGGUCUACUUUGCUGAUGCCUACCUCAAAUAUAUUGACUACUGUGACUAUGAUGGCAAGAACCGCUAUCAGGUCAUGGCAAGUGACUUGGUUCUCCAGCAUCCGCAUGGUAUGACCAUCUUCGAGGACAAUGUCUACUGGUCAGAGCACUACUCCAGCAAGGUGAUGACGACCAACAAGUUCCACGGUGGCAACGUCACCACUCUGAUGACCAACGUCUACCAGCCCAUGGGCAUAGUUAUGUCCCAUCCCGUCAAACAGCCCACAGCCAUCAAUCCAUGCAGAGAACAUCUGUGCACUCAGCUGUGCCUGCUGUCAGGCAUGAGGCCAAGGUACUACAGUUGCCACUGCCAGUCUGGAUGGAAGCUGGAUACUGACAAACGCACCUGCAUCAAAGAUGAGAGUCCUUUCUUGAUGGUGGUCAGAGAUGCUCUGAUUUUCGGUAUUCCGCUGGACCCCGCUGACUCUUCCAACAAUGCGAUGACUGUGGUGUCCGGCAUCAGUCAGGGACGAGACAUUGAAUUUGAUGACCAGGAGCAGUUUGUCUACUGGGUGCAGAGCAGUGGUUCAAUUUGGCGAGUGAAAACCGAUGGAAGCAACAGAUCUGAGUUUGCUCCAGCUGCUUUGAUAGGCUCUCCGUCUGGUCUGGCUUUUGAUUGGAUAGGUCGAACAAUGUAUUACACCAAUCCCACCGCUAAAUCCAUAGAAGUUAUCCGUGUAGAUGGAAUAAGUAACUACAGGAGGAUUCUGAUCACAUCAACUGGGAAACCAGAGGCCGCAGGACAGCCUCUUGGAAUUGCUGUGGAUCCAGCGAGAGGAAAAUUAUUUUGGACAGACAAGGGGUCAGACAGUGGAGUUCCCCCAAAGGUUGGCAGUGCUGACAUGGACGGAAGCAACCUCAAGAACCUCUACACAGGCAACCUGGCUAACAUUGGCUUCAUCGCUGCUGACAUCUCUACCAGGAAGCUGUACUGGGGUGUGUCAGGCUCAGGGGUGUAAACUCUCUCUUUUGGUUCUCCUUCCCUGCUCUCCCAGAUCGAGUGUGGCACCAUGGAUGGAGUAACACGUGUGACGGUGAACCACCUCUACUACACUGACCUGGACUACGAGGUCAUUGAGCGGGUGGACAAGGACAACGGCGCCAAUAUGGUGGUGAUGAGGAGCGGCAUGUCCGGCCUUCGUGCCCUCAAAGUGCACGCCAGAGACAACUCAGCAGGGACCAGCAACGCCUGCAGCUCCAACAACGGAGGCUGUCCGCACCUCUGUCUACCUAAACCAAACAAUGAGAAGACCUGUGCCUGCACCACAGGAUUUUACAUCUCUCAUGACGGUUCCCGAUGUGAACAGUAUGACUCUUACGCCAUCAUCUCCAACCUCAAUCAUAUCCGUGGCUUCCAUAUAAACAGCUCUGACCACUCUGAGGCUAUGGUUCCUGUUGGUGGAACGUCCUCAUCCGUUAAGGACAGGUUGGACCUCCAUAUUGAAUCUGGCUUUUUGUACUGGAUUGAUAACAGCACCUACACGUCAUACAGGGGCAUCUUCAGAGCCAAAACAGAUGGAGGGAGUUACAGUGAGGUCAUCUAUACAGGCAUUGGAAAUGGAGGCCUCCAGGGCCUUGCUGUAGACUGGAUUGCAGGUAACUUGUACUUCACCAAUGUCUUUCCGAGUGAGACCUUCCUGGAGGUGCUGGCCAUCAACACCACCUACCGAAUGAUUCUCCUCAAGUCCACCCAGGACCAGCCCCGUGAUCUGGCAGUCAGCCCCAAGCUUCGCUACCUCUUUUGGACCGACGGUGGCCAGACACCAAAGAUUGAGAGGGCCCUCCUGGAUGGCACAAAUCGCACAGUGUUGGCAUCAGAGAGCCUGGCGUCACCUCGUGGACUCACUAUUGAUUACACUAAUAACUUCCUCUACUGGACAGAUGAUGUCCUUGAUAUGAUCUCCCGCAUGGCCGUAGAUGGCACACAGAGGCAGAUCAUCCGGUACGGGAGCCGAUAUCCAUCUCCGGCUGGAAUGGCUAUAUUGGGAAACUACAUGCUGUGGGUGGAUACAAAGCUGGGAAAGCUCUUCCAGGCCAGCAAGGACCCGGCCAAUACCGACCAGCCAGAGGUAAUCCGAGACGGUUUUGAUGGACUGAAGGAUGUCACCAUCUUUGACCCGCAUGUCCAGCCUACAUCUGCCCACCAGGUUGGGUUUAACCCUUGCCAUGAAGACAAUGGACGCUGCCAGCAGCUCUGCUUUGCCAUCCCAGACCAGGAGCACCCUAAAUGUGGCUGUGCACAUGGGUCACUCCUUAGCAAUGGAGUAUCGUGUGGCUACGGUCUUGAUGAGUUUCUAAUUUUUACCACAGACUACGGGCUGAACAGCAUGAGGUUGGACCCAGCUGAUCACAGCACUCCCUAUCCAACAGUGACCUUGGGCUACAACUUAAUGGCGCUGGAUUUUGACUUCAAGGAGAAGCGAGUUUUCUUCACCCAGUAUGCAGGGUUAGGUAGGAGCAAGAUUGGGUACAUCACCACAACAUCCAUCACCAGCCCUCCUGUCUUUAUCGCUACGGAUUUGGAUGACCCAGAGGGACUGGCAUAUGAUUGGGUCAACAAGCGCCUCUACUUUACUGACUACUAUGCCCGUAAUGUUCAGUCGUUGGGGGUGGAUGGGAAGAACCGCACAAUCAUCGCCAGUGCAAACCGCCCCAGAGGCAUCAUUGCUGAUCCAUGCUAUGGGUACUUGUACUGGACUGACUGGGGCAGUCCGGCUAAAAUUGAGAGGGCCACACUGGGUGGAAACUUCCGUACGGCCAUCAUCAGCGACAGACUGACAACACCAAAUGGUCUGUCUCUGGACUACGAGGAGAGGAUGCUCUACUGGGCCGACGCCUCACUAGACAAGAUUGAGCGAUCCACUCUGACUGGUGAGAACCGACAAGUGAUCUUGCAGGGGGUCACGUACCCAUUCGCCAUGACUGUCUUCCAGCAGGACAUCUUCUGGACCGACUGGACUGAGAGAUCUAUCUUUAGGGCUGGAAAGGACGAUGGCUCUGGCUUAACAGUCCUAGCCCAGGAUAUGCAGUACCGACCAAAUGACAUCCACGUUUAUGCUGGAUCUAAGCAGGAGAGCUGCUCCAGCUUCUGUCAGCAGUUCAAUGGAGGAUGCAGUCAUAUAUGUGUUUCUGGUCCAGUGGGCCCAGAGUGCCAGUGUCCUCAUGAGGGGAAGUGGUAUCUAGCCAACAACGGGAAAGACUGCAUCAAAGACACGGGAAAACGCUGUCAACCGGAGCAGUUCACCUGCCUCAAUGGUAACUGUAUCUUAAUGCAGGGGAAGUGUGAUGGCUACAACAACUGCAACGACAACACGGAUGAGCUCGAGAGAGUGUGUGCCUUCCACACCUGCUUACCCACGGACUUCACCUGUGACAACGGCCGCUGCGUCCCUCUCGCCUACACCUGUGACUACACAGACGACUGUGGGGACAACAGUGAUGAGCGAGGCUGCCCCUUCCCCACAUGUAACCCAGACACUGAGUUCACCUGCGCUAGCGGACGCUGCAUCAGUGCAGCCUUCAUCUGCGAUGGGUUCAACGACUGCCGAGACAACACCACGUCUGAUGAAAUUAACUGCCCUGACCGCACAUGUCCUGCUGGCCAGAUGAAGUGUGACAACAACAACAUCUGCAUCUACCCUGACAGCCUGUGUGAUGGCUACAACAACUGUGGGGACAACAGCGAUGAAAAUCCUCUCUUCUGCAGUAAUCGAACUUGCUCUCCGGAUGAGUUCCUAUGUGAUACAGGAAAAUGUAUCCCACAGUCUUUUGUGUGUGACCACAUCCAAGACUGCCGUGAUGGGACAGAUGAAUCUUCCUCUUGUGAAGAUUUCAUCCGAACAUGCGGUCCAGACCAGUUCACUUGUACCAAUGGGAACUGCAUCCCUCAGUCAAUGGUCUGUGAUGGCAGCAGUGACUGCUGGGACGCCAGUGAUGAAGCUCCAGAACUGCAGUGUGGUCAACGUACCUGCAGUUCCGACCAAUUCACCUGCCCAACCUGGCACCCCGGCCACCCACGCUGCGUGCCCUUACCCUUUGUGUGUGAUGGCGAGAAAGACUGUGUCGAUGCAGCUGAUGAGCUCCAAAACUGUGCUAACCGAAGCUGCCACAUGAAUGAGUUUGCCUGCUCCAACGGGCUCUGCAUCUUCCUCCCAUUUCACUGCGACCGUGUGAAUGACUGCGGAGACGGCAGUGAUGAGUUGCACUGCACUUAUGACACAUGCAGCAGCACCCAGUUCACCUGCGGUAACGGUGCCUGCAUCUCCGCCUUCUUCACCUGCGAUGGGCAGAAUGACUGCCUGGAUGGUUCGGACGAGGCGGACAGCUUGUGCGUCACACCUCAGCCCACCUGUGCGCCAGGGCAGUACAUGUGCACGUCCGGCCAGUGCAUUGAAGACAACAAGGUGUGCAACGGAAUGACGGACUGCCAGGACAACAGUGACGAAAAAGGCUGCGGAAUCAAUGAGUGUCUCACCCCGUCAGUUCACCAAUGUGCCCAAAUCUGCACCGACACCCUCACCAGUUAUUACUGCUCCUGCCACGAAGGCUACAAACUCAUGCCAGAUGGCAAAGCCUGCGAGGACCUCAACGAGUGCCUCAGCACACCCGCCAUCUGCAGCCAGAUCUGCGAGAACACCUUUGGUUCAUAUCACUGCAAAUGUGCCCCAGGUUACCUCCGUGAACCAGACGGACGCACCUGUCGUCAGAACAGCGGCAUCGCCCCGUACCUGUUGUACAGCAACCGUUACUACAUCCGCAAUUUGACCACCGAUGGGUCACAGUUGAGCGUAGUCCUGCAGGGGCUGUCCAAUGUGGUGGCGUUAGAUUUCGAUUACUUUGAGAAGAGGCUGUACUGGCUGGAUGUAGGAGUGGGAAAGAUUGAGAGGAUGCGUUUCGAUGGGACUGACAGGGAGACGUUGGUGGAUGGAAACAUAGGAGGAGCUGAAGGCCUGGCUGUGGACUGGGUGGGCAGGAAGGUGUACUGGGUGGAUAGUUAUUACAGCUCAGUUCAUGUGAUGGAGCUGGAUGGACGCUAUCAGAAGAAGCUGGUGUCAGGAACUAUCACAAGUGGAAAUGACACUUUUAUUGUCAGCCGACCUCGUGCUGUGGCCGUCAACCCUAAAUAUGGAUGGCUGUACUGGACCGACUGGGGUGACACAGCGUUUAUCGGAAGAGCUGGCAUGGAUGGAAAAAACGUCACAGCUAUUAUCACCACCAAGCUGGAGUGGCCCAAUGCUCUGACCAUUGACUACACCACCAACAAGAUCUUCUUCGCUGAUGCCCAUCUUAACUUUCUGGACUUUGCAGACAUGGAUGGGCAGAACCGGCACCGGGCCAUUGCUGGUACACUUCCCCAUGUAUUUGCUGUUACCCUGUUUGAAGACUGGGUCUACUGGACCGACUGGAACACACACACUGUGGAGAAAGCCCAUAAGUACACUGGAGAGCAGCGAGCAGUCAUGGGUAACAACACACAUCGGCCCCAUGACAUUCACGUCUGCCACCCCUACCGGCAGCCUCGAAGUGAAAACCCGUGCUCGUCCCAUGACCUGACCUGCAGUCAUUUGUGUCUGAUCGCACCUGGUGGCCAGAGAGCGACCUGCGAGUGUCCAGAUGGCUUCAUUGGACUGAUUGUGGGCUUUAAGGUCCAGUGUGUCGCCGACUGCUCCAGCACUGAGUUCCGCUGCGGAGACAAUGAGAAGUGUGUUCCCAUAUGGUGGAAGUGCGAUGGCCAGUCAGACUGCGGCGAUGGCUCAGAUGAACCUCAAACUUGCCCUCCUCGCCAGUGCCCCAUUGGCCGAUUCCAGUGCCAAGAUGGCAACUGUACAUUCCCCGGCUUCAUCUGCGACGGCCACGCAGACUGUCCUGACAGCUCGGACGAGGACGCUGCUCUCUGCAGUGAUCACCGAUGCCAGGAUAACCAGUUCCAGUGUAAAAACAAGAUGUGCAUCUCUGUGUCCUUGCACUGCGACGGAGUACAAGACUGCUCAGACGGCAGCGACGAGGAUGAGGAGACUUGCUCCCAGAAGACCUGCCCUCCAGGACAGUUCCAGUGCGCUAACGGCCGCUGUCUGCCAUCUAGCUAUGUGUGUGACGCCCAGGACGACUGUGGAGACGGAUCUGAUGAGCCGUAUGAAACCUGCAUGGGUCCAGAGUACAGGUGUGAUGAGGACACCGAGUUCUCCUGCAAGACAAACUACCGCUGUAUUCCUCAGUGGGCCCGCUGUGACGGCACUAAUGACUGCAUCGACAACAGCGACGAGCAAGGCUGUGAGGAGCUGACAUGUGAUCCUCUGGGAGAUUUCCGCUGUGACAACCACCGCUGCGUCCCGAUCCGCUGGCAGUGCGAUGGCGCCGACGACUGUGGCGACGGCUCAGAUGAGAGGAACUGCCAGCCAAGGCCUUGUUCUGAAAGUGAAUUCCGAUGUGACAACGCGCAGUGCAUCCCUGGAAACUGGGUGUGUGACCAUGAAAACGACUGCGGGGACAACUCAGAUGAGCGAGACUGUGAGUUGCAGACAUGUCGUCCAGGUUUUUUCCAGUGCGACUCGGGUCACUGUAUCCCCGCUGCUCUGCAGUGUGACGGCCAGCCUGAUUGUCAGGACGUGUCAGAUGAGACCAGCUGUCCCACUCGUUUCCCAGGAGGCCGCUGGUGUCCUGACAGUCAGUUCCAGUGUACGAACCAUCUGUGCGUGAUGCAGAGCUGGGUGUGUGACGGCAUCAACGACUGCGGGGACAACUCUGACGAACAGCUCAACUUGUGCUGGAACAUCACCUGUGAGAUGCCGUCCAAGUUCCGCUGUGCCAACGGCUACUGUAUCUACGCCGGCCUGCUGUGCAACGAGAAUGAUGACUGUGGAGAUGGCACCGAUGAGAAGGAGGACCUCUGCCGCGAGCCCACCCUGGCCCCCUGCACGCUGGACGAGUUUAAAUGCACUAACGGGCACUGUGUGGCCCUGCCGUAUGUGUGCGACCACAAUGACAACUGUGGGGACCGCACUGAUGAAAUGGGCUGCAAUUUCGGCCUUGAUCGCAACUGUGAGGAGAAGCUGUGCCAGCAUGAGUGCACCAACCUGAACGGCACCGGCUUCAUCUGUUCCUGCAGGCCUGGAUACACAGUGGACCCAGACAGCACCUACACCUGCCUGGACAUCAACGAGUGUGAGGUGUACGGUACCUGUCCACAGUUCUGUAAGAACACAAAAGGAGGCUACGACUGUGAGUGCGCCCCUGGAUACAGGAAAGUGGGCGACGGCAACAUGUGUGAGGCUGAGGGAGCGACUCCACUCCUACUUCUACCAGAGAACAUUCGUAUCCGGAGGUUCAACCUGCAGACAGAGGGCUACCAUGACUUCAUCCAAGAAGAGGAGCACAUCAUGGCUCUGGACUACGACUGGGACCACAACAACACCGGAUACAGCAUGGUGUACUUCACUGUUGCUGGUAAAGACUCGACAGCCGGUGCCAUUAAGAGAGCGUACAUACCUUCAGUGGAUGAUGGCAGCAAUAACAUUGGUGCUGCUGUUGACCUCGGCAUCAAAUACAUCACCACACCAGAUGGCAUCGCUGUGGACUGGGUUGGCAGAAACCUGUACUGGGCAGACUCCAGACUGAAGAGGUUGGAGGUGGCCAUGUUGGAUGGACGCUACAGGAAGCAUCUAGUCAAGACAGAGCUGGGUUACCCAUCUGCUGUAGCCGUCAACCCACGACUGGGGAUGCUGUACUGGGCAGACCGUGGGGACACAGCUAAGAUCGAAUGUUCUUGGCUGGAUGGUCAGAAUAGAAAAGUUCUAGUGGCAGAUGGCCUGGGUUGGCCCACUGGACUGUCCAUCGACUUCACCAACGAUGACAGAAUCUACUGGUCGGACUCUAAGGAAAGCCGCAUCGAGUCUGUUCUGCCAUCUGGGGAGCAACGGAAAACUGCCGUCUACAUAGAUGUGAGAAACCCCUUCGGCGUGAGCGUAUUCGAGGACCAUGUUUACUGGAGCACUCAGGAGAAAGGCGAAGUGUUUCGACAGGACAAGUUUGGCCGCGGAGACAAGGUCAAGCUGCUGACUGCUGGCCCCUGGCUGACCCAGGUCUCUGUGUACCAGCAGCAGAGAUACAACUCCAUAGCUAUGAAGAAUCCAUGCAAGGGAACCUGCAGCCACCUGUGUUUGCUCCGACCGGGAGGAUACAGCUGCGCCUGCCCCGAAGGCACCAGCUUCGUCUCCAACAGUAACACGGAAUGUGAUGCAGUUGGAAUAGCCAUCGGGGUGACGAUAUUGAUCGUGUCUCUGCUGCUUGUUGUGGUCUACAUUGCCAAGAAGAAACCUAACGUGGUGGGAAGGCUGCGGAACUUGCCCAAAAUGCCCAGUAUGCCAUCUAUGCCAUCUAUGCCAUCUAUGCCAUCUAUGCCCAAUAUUCCAAGCUUCAGGAAUGGCGUGACCCAAAAUGGACUGAAAACAGAAGGCAAUGAAACAAGGCCGGACGCAGAACCGGUUCCCUGUACGUCUGUAUCCAUGGUGGACACAGCGGGGAAGAAUUUUGAGAACCCAGCGUAUGAAGCUGAAGAACAGCUUGAAUCCAACAGCUUGCCGACAGCCACCUCUGCUCCUGCUGGAACAAACAAGGAGAACAUUAAUAAUCCUCUGUACGUGGAGGAGGGUGGAGCUCCAGAAAAGCCAGCAAGAAGAGCACCCAAGCCUGACAUCUCCGACAAGACUUUUGAGAACCCAUCGUACGGCUCAGAAGACGUCACUCCUGCACCACCAGCUGCUUCGAGCACACAGGUAGCCAUGGCGACACAUGUCAAAGUGUUACACAAGGGUUACUGCUCAGAAGCUGAAAACCUGUUUGAGCCCACUGGAGAGGAUGAUUUUAUGUCGGUAGAAAACUCCACGUACACGGUGAGUCCAGAAUGA